GUAGUGGACCCGCACGUCGGACGUGACUCUUCUACAUGGCAUGAGGCAAUUACGCAGAAGUCGUGUGGGCGAGGCGUGAGCAGACAUGCGCAGUAUUAACCGGAAGCACCAAUAGAAAGAGAGAGAAGAGGGGAAAAAGAAGUGGCUGGGGCUCAGCGGGAUCGCCAUGGCGCAGCAACAGAUGCCGAGUUCGCAGAAAGCCCUCAUGCUGGAGUUGAAGUCCCUGCAGGAGGAGCCGGUGGAGGGCUUCCGCAUCACGCUGGUGGAGGAGUCCGACCUUUACAACUGGGAGGUGGCCAUCUUUGGACCCCCCAACACCCUCUAUGAGGGGGGCUACUUCAAGGCUCACAUCAAGUUCCCCAUGGACUACCCGUACUCCCCGCCCACUUUCAGGUUCCUCACCAAGAUGUGGCACCCCAACAUCUACGAGAACGGCGACGUCUGCAUCUCCAUCCUGCACCCCCCGGUGGACGACCCCCAGAGCGGAGAGCUGCCCUCCGAGCGGUGGAACCCCACCCAGAACGUCAGAACCAUCCUGCUCAGUGUGAUCUCCCUGCUGAACGAGCCCAACACCUUCUCCCCGGCCAACGUGGACGCCUCCGUCAUGUUCCGCAAGUGGAGGGACAGCAAGGGCAAGGACAAGGAGUACGCCGAGAUCAUCAGGAAGCAGGUGCUGUCCACCAAGGCGGAGGCGGAGCGGGACGGGGUGAAGGUCCCCACCACGCUGGCGGAGUACUGCAUACAGACCAAAGUGCCUUCCCACGACAGCAGCUCCGACCUGCUGUACGACGACCUGUACGACGACGACAUCGAGGAGGAGGAGGACGACGACGAGGACGCCGAGGCGGGGGGCGUGUGCGCCGACACCGCCGCCGACUGCUACGACGACGAGGAAGACUCGGGCAACGAGGAGUCCUGACCUUCCUCCGCCCUCCUCCCUCCUCCUCUUCCCCUCUCUCCCGCCCCUGAAAUCUUCCUCUUCCUGUACCCUCCGCUCCUCCCGAAACAAAUGCACACCCCUCGAACCCGUGUUCAGCCCGCUCGCCCUCUCUGUCCCGCUGUGACCUCACUUCCUGUUCCUCCCCAGAGCCCGCCCGUUCCAGCACGGUCUCAAAUCCACCAGCUAACUGCCGGCCAAUCCCGCUGCUGCCCCGGCACGGGGGGGGCGGAGCCUCAGCAGAAGUCCCGUCCCCUCCUUCCUACCCCUUCGUCUCCUCCCCUUCUCCCCCCCCCCCCCACCCCCCGCUACACCUCAGGACUUACGCACUCGUGGGGGUUUGUGUUUAAAGUUUUGGCUCAUGUCCAGCUUGGAUUUUGGCGGUUUGGCGGGAGUUUCGGCGGACAGCGGGCUGAAGCAGAAAGGCCGGGAGGCUGAAUCUCGCUGCGCUUCAGCUUCAGUCAGGCCUUCGCAGCUUCGUUCUGCUUUCAGUGAAACAUUGUCAGCCUCUGAAAGGCCCGCCUCCUCCAGCUCACCUGUGCGGAGUUUAAGUCAUGAUUAAGUGUGCAAGCUCAGCAUGUUGACGGGUAGCUAGUCACCUGGUCUAAGAGAGAGGGUUCUAAAUAGCAGUGUUUAAGAUGACUUCUGUAUCAGAUUUUUGUUAUUUUAGUUUUUGUUAGUCAUUUUGAUCAUAUAAUGAUGAUAAUGUCAUCCCUCGCUUCACCUUAUUGGAACCUUCCUCCAUAACGUGAUGCCCACUCCUGCCCGAUGCCCCACCCCCACCGAUGGGGCGCGGGUGGGGUGCAGAUCUCUCUUCCCGCCUCCGUGUUCCCGAAAACCAAACCGAAGGUCCCAGGUACCAUUUCCUCCUUUGCAGCAGUGCAUUGUGGGUUAGGACAGGAAGAGGAGCAGCCGGCAACCACCCCCCCACACCCCCACCCCCACCCUGGACUCGGCCGAGGCAGAGCCGUUAUCUCAGAAGGUUCUAGAAUGUGAAACUUUUCAGCGGGGGGUGUAAACCCCCCCCCCCCCCCCCGCAGACUCUCCUGAUCUUCAGAGCUGUGGGAGAACACAGAACACAGCGACACGCCUGCUCCCCCCCGUAAAAUUGACAUGCGUGCCCUGCGAUCUUCCUCCUGGGGGAGCCACCGCAUGUGAAAUUUCAUUUACUUCCUACCCCCCCCCCCCCCAGGGAUCGCCCGCGCUGGUGAGAGGAGUUACGGACAGGAGGACCUUUCACACACCCCCCCCCCCCCCCCCCCCCCACCACCACCACCGUCACGUUCAGCUUCUGUGCGUCCGCGUCCAGGACCUGUGUGAAAAAUAUGCGGGCUUAAAACAAAUCUGGGGAAAAAAUAGAAAACUGAUUCAAAGAAACAGGUGAGGCGUGGUGCUGGGUGAACUGUACUGCCCAAGCGUAUGGGCUGAGAGAAACACAAAGCAUCGUGGGAAGUGUAGGCCUAAGACUGCUAGUACAGUCCUGAGGUAAGCUGAGCGGCAGGACAGGGGUGGGAUUUCAGUCCUUUGUGUGAAAUUUUUUUGUGGGGUGGGUGCUCAGUUUAGAGUGUGAUUGGGCGUCCUGCUUGUCCGUCUGCCUGACACUGCCCCCGCCCCCCCUUGGGCACCGCAACCUGAGCCUUCCUCGCCCCUCUUCCUCAGAACGACUCCCUGCCGGCUGGCUGUCCACAGGAGGAACAGCCGUUGGAGAUUCACAAAGACUUUGAGAAAAGUGCAGCAAGCCAUGACUGGACAACAAGAAGCUGUGGCCUUUUUCCUUUUUUUUUUUUCUUUGUUCGGGAAGUCUGCGCUAUUGUUCAGUGUGAUGUGUUUGGGGUCAAAAAUACAGCUUUUUCAUUGUGUUUAUGAUGGAACACACAAAAAGACAGACAGGAAAAAGCAAGUCGAAAAUAACAUGCCCCCCCCCCCCUUCAGUUCUCGCCCCCUCUGCUGCCAGAGUGACAGGUAGAGACGGGGGAAGAAACGCAGGUGGUGUCGUCUUUCGUUGUUUCUGUUCAUUUGAUUUUCUCUUCCUGUAGUGUUGUGAGCGUGAGAGAUUACAAUUUCAAAAAACUCAUUCACUUAAAAAAAAAAAAAAAAAAAAAAAAAUGAUGACAAUGAUAAAAAAAGAAUGCAAAUGUUAUUAGAAAUCUUUUAAGUUUUUAUUUUCUGAAAGGAAAGCGAGAUAGAGAGAGAGAGAGAGAGAAGCCGGACGGAGGCCCAAAGGAGUAAUGAUGAAAAUGGUGGCUUUUCGAGUGAAACUGAAACAGGCUUAUGUGAGACUCUGUGGAGCUGUUAAAAAUGCUUUUAAUAAAGUGCAGAAGAGCAACCUCA